UAAUAAUUAGUCAUAGUAGUAGUAGUUGCAGUAAAUUUGUAUUACAGUUAAUACCUAAAAUGAAUGCACUGAAAUUUGCAGGUUACUGAAUCUAUUCCGGUUAAGUAGCUCAAGGGUACAAUGUGGGCACUCCCCAGUGGGAAGUAAAAAAAACAAUGGUGGUGAGAAAAGAAAAAAACAACACCCUUGUGAGAAGAAAUAUCAGGAGAAUCCCAGAUGACAGAAUUUGCCUCUCCUACUGCGGCUCAAAUCAACCCUACAACCUUCAAGGUGCAAGCCCUGUUCUUUACCCAUUAUGUUACACUGCCACCCAAUGUUCAGAUGGGUACAUUGUAAUUCUUAAAAAAUGAAAUGUCUUUUUGAUGUUCUGUGGAUGAUUGUUAUUCAUGCAGUUCUUUUAACGUUGGUUAUUUUAUGGCCGUGUAGGUCUGUAGCUCUGGAGAGUUUAUUGACAGAGUUACACAAGUUCUGCAACAUUGAACAGUUGGUUGGCUGUUGUGCAUUUUGGGAUUGAUCUUAUUCAUGGUUCUGUAGUUUAGCUGCCUAAAAAUGAAACAUUUUGUUCACUGAAUUCUUGAUUUCUCGACUGGCAGCAUUAUGAGAUAUAUCUUGCCGCUGGAGGAUGGAGUCAAAUCCUAAAAAUCCUGGUCAACUGAAAACCAGGGUCCUUAUUUUAGCAACCACUCAAGGCACUGCACUGUGUGAACUACAAGGGGUUGUUCUUUCUGGUACUUUCUCCUUUAAAUUGUUCUUAAAUGGAGUGAAGUCAAAUACAAAUGUUAUUAUUAUUUUAUCCUUCGCACUUUCCUGAACACUACUUAGCUCAUUUUCUGUGCUCAGGAAGUUAUUGCCUUAAAAGUAACUUGACAAUUGUUUAAAACAUUCAUUUAAGUGAUGCCUUUUGAAAUGAGAUACUUUAUGUGACACAAAGUUUGAAUGACCACAUCCUCUUCGGAUGGUAGGAUAAAGAAAAAAGAAAAGAAAAAACACAGGGCCAACUUACAUUUUAAUAAUAACACUGGGUAACAUUGCUUAGGAAUAAGGAACACAAGAGCUCACUUUGCUCAGGGCAAAAGGCACUAAUUAAUGAACAGGGUAGGACAAACGAAAACAGGUCAAAACGUCAGUCCUACCCUGUUAAUUAAACAGUGUCUUUUGCCCUGAGCAAAGUGUCCUCCAGUGUUCUUUAUUUCGGGCCAGUCCCGAAGUGUCCUGGUAAGGAGCUUUUCUCUAAUUGUUUGUUGUAACUUGGCCUCAUUUGAUAUCAAUAUUUUUAACGACAGGCCUAGAUUUUUCUAGAUUUAAUAACUUAUAGACAGCGCUUUGUAUGAGUGAGUAACUUGUCGUUUUUGUUAAUUGAAAAUGCGUUUUUAUUGAGAUUCAUUUGUAGCUGAGCUGAGGUCUCGUCCAAAAUGUAAGCUUUAACCAGUCGGCUGCCUAAAUUCACCAUUGUAUAUAGUUAUCUCCCUCUAGUGGCCAGGUGUGGCAAAUACUGUGAACUGCUUUUGCAGUAGGCAGAAAACAAUUCGACGAGGGAGAUCAGCAUUACGAAAACAAUGGAUGACUUUUCCCAUUCUUGUUGGCCGAUGCUACAACAGUGAUAAUCAUAGCUAUUGAAAUCUCAAAAUAUUUGAUGAAUAGCCUUGAUUAGAUCUAACCUCUUCUAUUUAAUUUAGCAAACUUCAUUAUGAAGCCUACCUUAAAACUGCUCUCCGUGCAGUUACGACAUGCAUCCCAAAAGGACAGAACCGGGCGUUUGAACCUCGAUGAAUGUAUGCCGAUGUUGUUCCUGUCUAUGUGCUGCGUUAAUCAAUGAGCGCGGUUAUUUCCCUACUCGCGGCAAGUGGAGUGAGAGAAGAAACUGUCACCCUUAGCAUGGGGGCUGAGAGAGGGCACAAAGGCCCUCUUGUAGAAGUCUUAUACAAACCCCCAUGUGCACAAGAAAUCCACACAGAACCUGCCCCCUUCGGCAACGAGCACACACUUAAGGUUGAUAAAAUGAAACCGUCAGUUGUUGCUGCUAUUCUCCUGCUGGGACUUUUGACCAGCGACGCGAUGCCUUCAAGUCGCGUGUCCUGCUACAAGAAGGUUUUGAAGGACAGAAACUGUCACCAUGUCGCAAAUGGCAUCGAUCUGAUGCGACCCAUCGAUUCUCUCCAGAAUCACUUCUGGGAAGGAAACAAAUGCGAUAUGGUCUGCUACUGCAAUUUCAAUGAGCUUCUCUGCUGUCCCAGGGAUGUUUUCUUCGGACCCAAGAUCUCCUUUGUGAUACCGUGCACAACUCGCUGAGAGAGAUCUGUCUGCAGUCGGCCUUCAGCUUGAGUUGAUGGAAAAAUCUUACCUGACACCAUGUUGGUGCUGGUCUGAAUAGCUAUACAAUUAGCUCUUGUGACCUGUGCGCUGUGAAGUUCAUUUUGUAUUUUAUAUGGAUAUAACCAAAUUAUUAGCCUACUAAAAUGCCAGCACCAACAUGGAAUCAAAUCAGCCUGGCCGUGCUUCAUUUGGGAAUGAGAUACAUAAAUGGAUCACUAUACUAAUGUAUGUAACAUUACUAGAAUUCCAUAUGAGCAUUACUUGUAUUUGGCCACAUUCACUGAACAUGUGCCACAACAGCUAUUCAAACUGGUCAUACAUAUUUCAUGCAAGUCUUAUUCUUACCUUUAUGACAAUUGAACAGCCCUCUCUUUGUGAUUGAUUUGCUACAGUUGUAUAGUCAUAUCUAACUAGACUGACGCCAACUGUGACAUUUCAGGAAAUGCUAUACGUUACCGAUAAAGAAAGAUGAGUUAUACCAGCAGGAACGCUUAGAUAAUGGACAUGAGUGAACUAUUACGAAAGGAAAUAAAUCCCAUAUUUUAUCGGUAUGGGCACUGUAAAAACAUGAGCUAAGUUAGAACACUCAUGUCCAAAAUACAGUAUGGGUACAAGUGCUGGGCAGAAUGCAAAUCAAUAGGAAAAAUCAGCCUACAUACUGCAGUGGACAGUUUUUUAUGAUGACAUCCUGAGGAACACCCCUUUGGGCCAAAACAUUAAUGUUUUGAUUAUUAAAUUGUAUCAUUUUUCAUGAACUACAGUGUGCAACUAUAUAUUUUUUCCAUUCCCAACACAUUACCAUCAGUAUUUAAACAAGAGUAAUAACACAAAAGUAAUGCAGACUCGCUGGUUACUCAGUAAACAGAGUCUGCUGCCGUAAUUAUCAUUUUAUGCAAACUCAAUGCUGUAUAACAAUGUCAUUGGUAUUACAUUCAAUCUGGUGGCUGUAAGACAAGGUGUUUAUGUUUUAAACUCUGCAACUUGGUAUUUAGCGAAGUGUAUUUUAAUCUAUAGGAAAACUAAUAAAGAAAGAUGGAAUGUGUUUAUAAGCUGCUCUAAAUGUCACAAUAUAUUCCUUAAAUUGUACUGCAUUAUUGUAAAAAAAAAAAGAAUAUGACAAAAAAAGACAUUUGCAGUGUC